AUGGGUUCCAAUCAUCAAGACUACACGUUCAGUCACGAUACCCAUCCCUACACUCGCAGUUUCCCCAAACUCUUUGACUGCUGCGAACCCGACUUUUUCGUGUGCUACAUGCCCGACCAACAACGAGGCAUUAUCAACAUGAUCCAAUUGAAACAACGAGAUCAACAUCGCAUGAUCAAGGAAAUGACGGAAGAAGAAUACUUUCAAUGCCAUUUGAUGCUCACCGAAUGGAUGUUUCAACAACUCGACCAUAUUACUCGCCGUACCGGCCGCCUAACCAAAUGCAUCCGAUUGUCCGAUGCCGCCGGAAUGCACUACCGACAAAUGGAAAAACAACAAAAGAUUCGAGAAUCCAAAGCCGCCAAACACAUGGAAUUUGCCUAUCCCCAACUUCUAUCGUGCCUCUUUAUUGCCAAUGCUCCCACGUGGGUCAAUAUUUUCUUUGCCCUGCUCAAGCCGUUUGUACCCAAGAGUCUCCUCGAAAAGGUCCGUCUCAUUAGCCCCCACAAACACACCAAGGAUUUAGAACGGAUUCUCGAAUUUUGUUCCCGCGACCAUUUGGCAACUCGGUAUGGUGGAAACCUGCAAGAAUGGCCUCCCAGGGCCAUGGUCUCCAAAUAA